AAAGCUGUUUCUGUUUCCUUUGUAUUGCUGAAUCGGCGCCAUUUAGUUUUUACCAUUUCUAUUACGACUCGGACCACACGAUUCCGUACAGCUCCACACUGAGCAUACAGAUUUUACCUACCAUCUGAACCCUCUGGUCUCGUCUUAUCAGACUCUGCUGGCUACUUACGAUGACCCGAUAUACGAAUAUAGCACGCAAACGUACAUACGUUGAAGCAGGCUUCAGUAACGAAGAUAAUCUGACGGCGGAAAUCCCUGCUCAGGUUUCUGCUGUUGCCUGCCCUGUGGUUCAUGAAGACGCAUCAGAAGCGAUAGCAAGCUCGUCAAACGAACUGACUUCGGAAGUAGUGAAGAAAAAGCGCAAACGCAGCAGAAACAAGAAACAACGUGAUACCGGCGAAAUUCCUGGGGAGACGGAAGAAGAUGGUUCGCGAGCUUCAGAAGUCGCUUCAGCGCAGACUUUAGAUGGUCAGUCAGCCGGAUCGAAGGGACCUAUGUCGAAGUCCGGAAAGAAGAAAUUAAGGGAGAGACGAGCAAAAGAUGCAGCGACUAGAAAGCUCGCGUCGGAGCGAAGACGACUGAAACGACAAGACGAUCGUCACGUAAAUACUACGUGUUAUGCAUGCCGGGAAACUGGUCACGCUGCACGAGACUGUCCUGCUACGCUUGGCAACGACCCAUCGGAUCCUGUGAAGGAGGGUAAAUCAGGGAAGCCCGCUGCGAGAGCUGUGGGUAUCUGCUAUCGUUGUGGUUCCAAGAGACACACCCUCGCGAGAUGCAACUCCUCCGUUGACCCUACAAAUCCGUUACGCUUUGCUUCCUGUUUCGUAUGCUCCGGAAAAGGUCAUCUCGCAUCGUCGUGUCCACAAAAUCAAGCCAAGGGUGUAUACCCCAAUGGAGGGUGCUGUAAGCUCUGCGGUGAAACAACACAUCUUGCGAAGAACUGUGAGAUGAGGGAAAAGGACAUCACCCCAUCGACUGCAUUCUUUGGUACUGGUAGGGAAGCCGGUGCAGACGAGGACGAUUUCCACACGUUUAAGCGGCGGACAGCCGAAGUAAGCCAUGAAGAGAAAGUCGAGGAAAAGCUGAAGAAGAUGCGCAAUGUCAAGGUUGGAGCACAUUCAGGCGUCGUGAAGUCGUUUGGUCCAACUGUAGUAAAACCUAAGAAGGUGGUUAGCUUCUAAGUGGCCGAAAUGUUUCUGAUUGUCUCCUCGUGGUCGACAUUCAAUGCUUCGCCCAUGGCCAGAGAGUCUCAGCUCGGCAGGCCUUGGGAUACGCCUUUGUCUUUAGGAUACUACCUCUCACUCAAUGAAGUCUGUUGUUUUCUCCGAUUGAGCCUCUCACCAUCAUUGGACCCUGCACACUUGGGAACUUCACUUCCGACUCAAUGACCAUUUCCCUGCAUGCUUACGUCUUGUUGGUGGGGAUCUAUCGGUUGAUAUGGCUUUGAGCCGAGAGAGGAAAGCACCCAGUCCCUUUUCGUGCAAUUUCAGAAGGUAUUUUUAUGUCCCGUUGCUUGACGUACGGCAGCUUUUCGAUCAGUCAGCUCUGAAUGAAUAAGGUGUCGUGCUCGUGGUUCUCGUGUUACCAUUGCGAUACUUAUUAACCUUGUUGUCUUUCGAAUAGAAGAACCACUAUGUUUACGUCUUCGUAAUCAAUGCGGGCUAUUCGUGCUUCGAUGGGGAGGGAGGGGUUCAGAGGCGUCCUACGGUUAGUGAGCCUGAGGGUGACAGCCGUCUAAUAGCAAACGAGGAUUCCAUUCAAUGACAGUGCCACCACUCAGGGUGCAGUCUGUCCAGUGAUAGACAAUCCUGGAGUUCCAUUCAUACUGAUAUCUUCCUAAGCCAGUUGCGCUGCAAGCCCUGACUUCAAGCUGAAUGUUAUAUCGGGUGAUGGAAGAAGGCCAAAGAUACCCCCAACACUUGCACAUUGGCGGAGAGAUAGGAACAAAACUAUAUGACAAUGACAAAAGCCAUAUGAAACCGGGGUAUCAAGUACUGCGCAAAGUAGGGCGACUUUAGGAAGUGUCGAAGAUUAUAAUGCUCUUGGGGUAGGCAAAGGAUUAUAACCGCGAGCAAUAUAAAUGCAGGUUCG